GAAGCAAGGGCACUAUAUAAUACGUUGAGCAGAUGAAACCAGAAAGCAUUAUUGUAGGCAGCAGAAAUAACUAAGAUCGAAAACAAAGAGUGAGAAUGCAGGAGGAAGAGAAGGCUGAGGGAGUCAUAGUGGUCGGAGCAGGACCCUCAGGCCUUUCCGCCGCCGCAUGUUUGAGGAAGCACUCCAUUCCGUUCAUAAUCCUUGAGAGAGAAGACUGUUUCGCUUCUCUAUGGAAGAAAUACUCUUACGACCGUCUUCACCUCCACCUCAGAAAGCAGUUCUGCCAGCUUCCCCACAAGCCAUUUCCACCCACUUUCCCUUCCUACGUUCCCAAGAACCAGUUCCUAGAGUACCUCGACGACUACGUCUCCCACUUCGCCAUCGCGCCGCUCUAUCGGAGGACGGUGGAGCUGGCCCAGUACGAUGACGCCCGCCGCUGCUGGAGGGUGGAGGCCCGGAAUGGGGAAUCCGGCGAGGUGGAGCAGUACUGCGGGAGAUUCCUGGUGGUGGCUACUGGGGAAACUAGCGACCCCUUUGUGCCGGCGGUGGAAGGGUUGAGUAGUUUCCCUGGGAAGGUGAUUCAUUCCACUAGGUUCAAGUCAGGGAAGGAGUUCCAAGACGAGCAUGUUCUUGUUGUUGGGUCUGGGAAUUCCGGCAUGGAAAUCGCUUUGGACCUUGUCAACCAUGGUGCCAAAACCUCCAUUCUUGUUCGAAGCCCGGUUCAUUUUCUAUCAAGGGGAAUGGUGAGUUUAGGGUUGUUUCUGCUCAAGUAUUUGUCGUUGAGCAGUGUGGACUCGUUGAUGGUGAUUCUGAGCACCAUGGUUUACGGUGAUGUCACUAAAUAUGGGGUUAGAAGACCCACUGAGGGACCCUUUUCCAUGAAGGUCAAUCAUGGAAAAUAUCCAGUUAUUGACGUUGGAACCUACAAUAAGAUCAAAUCUCAAGAAUUAAAGGUACCUGUUAUAGAUAUGAACAUUGAUAAC